CCAGUUCAGGCCAGUUCACUACCGCUGUAGUACUCAGUCUGUCCCACUGAGCUGUCAAGGCAUAGCAGCACUCCGCUCUGCUUGUCCGCUGCGACAACAUUUUUCAAUCCAACUUAGUCAAUUUUUCUCCUCAACGACGUUUUCCUUCAGAUAACAGCUACUCUUGUCUCACCAUGACUCGAAGGUGAUCUUCAGAGUGUCCAGGUGGUUCUGGGGUUCCAGGUUGGUGUGGUGAGAGAGCAAGCUAACUACGGGGAGGAGGACCGCCUGGGGCAUCGUGUCCCUGGCUCUCAAGUGACUAAGGAAGGGGCUUGGCAAACUGUUCUGCAGCAUGGAGAAGGAAGACCUCAAGGUCCUCAACAAGGGGGAAGAGGAGGAGAUGGAGCUGCAGGGCUACCGUCUAUGUCGUUGGCGGCUGGCCCUGGUGGGCCUUGGGGUGCUGUGUACAGGGGGCUUCCUACUCCUGGUGCUCUACUGGAUGCCAGAGUGGUGCGUCAAAUCCACCUGCACUCGUACCACAGCCCGUGAUGCUGAAGUGGUGUUGAUGCGCUCCACGGAUGAGUUCCGGCGCUGGUUCCUGGCCAGGGUGCGAGUGAUGCUGGCCCCAGGGAGCAACCCCUUCCACAGCCUGGAGACCCAGACCACCUCCCCCUGCUCCCCUUCUUCUCCUUCUUGCCCCUUCUCCUCCCCUGCCUCCCCCCCUCUGGCCAACGGACACACCCCUCACCCCUCCGAUGGCAGCCCCGCUCAGGAGCUCAUCAGAAGAUUUGCCGACUACCAGCCCACACAGAUUCGCUAUUUUACCUUUCAUAGCACAAAGUAUUAUUGGAAUGACGAGGUGCAGAAUUUUGAAGUUUUAUGUGGCCUGGAGGAUCUGCAGAUCAGCUGCUCCACCCUCCACUCGGAGCACAGUGCAGGCCUGACCAGGAACCAGCAGGAGUACAGGAGACUGUUCUUCGGAGUGAAUGAAAUUGCAGUGAAAGUGCCUUCUGUUUUCAAGCUGCUUAUCAAAGAGGUCCUCAACCCUUUCUACAUCUUCCAGCUCUUCAGUGUGAUCCUGUGGAGUGCCGAUGAGUAUUACUACUAUGCUGUGGCCAUUGUUUUCAUGUCGGUCAUAUCCAUAGCUACCUCUCUGUACACCAUCAAAAAGCAAUACGUCAUGCUUCACGAUAUGGUGGCAGCUCACAGUAUUGUCCGUGUGUCUGUAUGCCGAGCCAACAAUGAUAUUGAAGAAAUUUUGUCCACUGAUCUUGUGCCUGGUGAUGUGAUGGUCAUUCCCAGCAACGGGACCAUCAUGCCAUGUGACGCUGUGUUGGUCAGUGGCACCUGCAUCGUCAAUGAAAGCAUGCUCACAGGUGAAAGUGUUCCUGUGACAAAGACCAAUCUCCCAAACCCAUUGCCAGGGGAGAGGGGGGAGGAGGCUGACAGUGCCUACAACACAGAGGACCAUAAGAGACACACACUUUUCUGUGGCACCAAUGUCAUCCAGACCCGCUUCUACACAGGCGAACUAGUCAAGGCUGUGGUGGUCCGCACAGGUUUCGGCACAGCCAAAGGCCAGCUGGUGCGCUCCAUUCUGUACCCCAAACCCACCGACUUCAAGCUGUACCGUGAUGCCUACCUCUUCCUGUUGUGUCUGGUGGCUGUGGCUGGAAUUGGCUUUGUGUACUCCAUUGUCCUCAGCAUCAUGAACAAGGUGCCAGCUAAGACCAUCAUCAUUGAGUCCCUGGACAUCAUCACAAUAACUGUGCCACCAGCUCUGCCAGCUGCCAUGACAGCUGGCAUUGUGUACGCCCAGCGACGCCUCAAACACAUUGGCAUUUUCUGCAUCAGCCCACAAAGGAUCAAUAUCUGUGGGCAAAUCAAUCUGGUCUGCUUUGACAAGACGGGAACUCUGACAGAAGAUGGAUUAGACCUGUGGGGAGUCCAGAGAGUUGAGAAUGGCAGUUUCCACCUGUCGGAGGAAAAUGCCUACAAGGAGAACCUUGUCAAGUCCCAGUUUGUGGCUUGCAUGGCCACUUGCCACUCUCUUACCAAAAUAGAGGGCCAGCUGUCUGGAGACCCACUGGACCUCAAAAUGUUUGAGGCUACAGGCUGGAUCCUGGAAGAGGCCACUGAGGAGGAAACAUCUCUCCACAACCGUAUCAUGCCCACUGUGGUUCGACCCCCAAAGCAGCUGUUGCCCCCAGAGCCUGCCGUAUCUCAAGAACAGGACAUGGAACUCUAUGAGCUCUCGUCAGCGUAUGAGAUAGGUAUUGUGCGCCAGUUUCCUUUUUCCUCAGCUCUCCAGAGAAUGAGUGUGGUUGCUCGUCUGCUGGGGGAGAAACGUAUGAAUGCGUACACAAAGGGGGCGCCAGAGGUGGUGGCAAGUCUUUGCAAGAAAGAGACAGUGCCAGAAAAUUUUGCAGAGGUUUUGGAGGGCUACACCAAGCAGGGUUUCAGGGUGAUUGCUCUGGCUCACCGUCGACUCGAAUCCAAACUCACGUGGCACAAAGUUCAGAACAUUAAUAGGGAUCACAUAGAGACAAACAUGGAGUUCCUGGGUCUGAUCAUUAUGCAGAACAAACUGAAGGCAGAAACCCCAGCGGUGCUCCAGGACCUUCACCAGGCCAAUAUCCGCACUGUCAUGGUUACUGGUGACAAUAUGCUGACAGCGAUUUCGGUGGCCCGAGACUGUGGAAUGAUCCCUCCCCAGGACACAGUCAUCAUCGCUGAUGCCCUCCCUCCCCAUGAUGGACAGGCCGCCAAGAUCAUCUGGAGAUAUGCUGACAAGCCGAGCAAGACAUCUUGCCUGGAGGAAGUGAACAUCAGCCUGGAGGAUGUGUGCCAUGUAGAUGAGCCCAAAACACAAGAGCUUUACCACUUUGCUAUGAAUGGAAAAUCAUUUGCAGUAAUCGCAGAGCAUUUCCCGGACAUGCUUCAAAAGCUGGUGCUGCAUGGGACAGUGUUUGCCAGAAUGGCCCCAGACCAGAAAACCCAGCUUAUUGAGGCGUUGCAGGGCGUUGACUACUUUGUGGGGAUGUGUGGAGAUGGAGCAAAUGAUUGUGGGGCUCUGAAGAGGGCUCAUGGUGGCAUCUCUCUCUCAGAGCUCGAGGCCUCUGUAGCCUCUCCCUUCACCUCCAGGACCCCCAACAUCUCCUGUGUCCCCAGCCUCAUCAGGGAGGGCCGUGCUGCUCUCAUCACCUCCUUCUGUGUGUUCAAGUUCAUGGCCCUCUACAGCAUUAUCCAGUAUAUCAGUGUCACUCUCCUCUACUCUAUCCUCAGUAACCUUGGAGACUUCCAGUUCCUCUUCAUUGAUGUUGCUAUCAUCCUCCUUAUUGUCUUUACCAUGAGUCUGAAUCCAGCGUGGAAAGAGCUUGUGUCACGUCGGCCACCGUCAGGUCUGAUCUCAGGGCCUCUGUUGUUCUCUGUGCUGACCCAGAUCCUCAUCUGCUUGGGCUUCCAGACCAUUACAUUCCUUUGGGUCCGACAGCAGCCCUGGUACACAGUCUGGACACCUUUUGCAGAUGCCUGCAACUCGUCAUCACACAUUAAUGUCUCUGACCACAACGAUACGGAAAUGGACGACCACAACAUCCAAAACUAUGAGAACACCAGCCUCUUCUAUAUCUCCUCCUUCCAGUAUCUCAUUGUUGCCAUCGUUUUCUCAAAGGGCAAACCUUUCAGGCAGCCUAGCUACAAGAAUUGGCCUUUUGUGCUGUCUGCCUUGGGUUUGUAUUUUUUCCUCCUGUUCAUCAUGUUCCACCCUGUUGAAACCAUUGACAGCUUUCUUGAGAUUGUUUGUGUCCCGUUUGAAUGGAGGGUAAAACUCUUCCUCAUCAUCCUAGUCAAUGCUGCUGUGUCUGUUGUGGUGGAGACCUUCAUCCUUGACAUCGUCUUAUGGAAGCUUGUGUUCAGCCGAGACAAACAGGGCAGCAUCACUCCUGUCGCCCCGACACCACAGGGGGGCAUUGACCUGCAGGCGUACAAGUGUUUGUCCUGGCUCUGCUGCCCACGCAAGACGCCCAAGGCCCGCUACAUGCAUCUGGCCCAGGAGCUCAGUGUGGACCCCGACUGGCCUCCAAAGCCAACCACCACCACUGAAGCCAAACCCCGCCCAGAAAAUGGUUCCACCUAUCAAAUUAUGAUCAACUCCUAGCACCACCACAGCCCCUCACAGUAUUCAAUCUCACCUUUCAUAUGGGUGCUUAGUGAAUGCACAUUCAACCUCUUCACGUAAAAUUGUCACAGGAUGAUUGCUUGUCGUCACCGUUCACAGAGACUUGCGUCUGAUACUGUAGUUCCAGAGACAUUACUGCAAAAACCAUAGAAUUACACAUAAGUACCAAAUAAAGUUAAGCUUCAGUUCUCUCAGUACUUGCUCUCUCUGUGUCUCGCCCACUUGCGCGCGCUCAGGUCUCUCUUGCUUAUGUUUAAAUGUCAUUCAAACAUCCGUAACAUCAAAUUUAAUUCCCACCCCUUAUUGCAAUGUGAGUCCACCAAAGCUGAGCAGCAGGCAGCCCACAUUGGGAGGAGGAUUGUUAAAACAGGUUGAAUUAGCACGAUGACCUCUUAAGAUUAUCUGUCUGAAAGCGGUUUAAAAGAGAGCCAAAGUUCCACUCCACUUGAGAAAUAGCUUCUGACAAACAUGCUGUCAGAUGGAAUGGUGUUAAAUGCUAGAAAGUAAUUGCCAUUAUACCAUUGUUAAAAAUAGCCCGCUCUUCAGAUUUCAUUAGCACCACAGUACUAGAUAUCCAUUUUGAGUAAUAUAGUCUGAUAUCAUGCAUGGGACUUUCAGAAAGAUCACUGCCCUGAAAAUAUAGAAAAUAGAGAAGUAGAGUAUAGGAUGAAACAGAUGCUAGCCCAGUUGAAGGGUUGUACUUUACUUCAGUGCAACCCACUCUGGCUGGAAUGGCGAGUAAGAGGAAUGGUUGAUAAAGGUGGAGUUUGAAGAAGAGGGCAGAAGAAAGAGGUUCCACUUUGAAAAUGGAGAGAUUCUGUUAUUAGAAGUGGAAAGGCUGGUAGAGUUGAAUGUGCACAGAAUAAUGGAUAGAAACCUGUAGGUGGCUGCACUGACCAACUCAGUAUGAUGUGAUCAUAGAGCAGCAUGCAGAUGUUCAUUCUGUGUUUGUAUUUCUGAGCAGCCAUCAUCCCGCUUUUAGGAUGUUCACACAAUGAAUAGCUACGUCUUACCUGUUGUGGGCAGUGCAGGCUCUGAUUGCUACUGUGUAGUGGUCUUAUACAUCUAAUGUACGUUUAUAUUGCGUCAUUUUAAUGAGCUAGCAUAACCACCUGGGAAACACUCAUUAGAGAGGACAGAGUGAUAACCAAAAAUAUUUUUAAAUCUUACUAUGGGACCCCCAGUGAUUACUUAUUUGAAGCCAGUAUUCAAAUACUCUUUUAAGCACACCGAGAAUUGUAGAAAAUUGGGAACAAUGAACAGCUGUAGUCUGUCUUGUUAAAUUGCACACCCCAGGCAGAAGUUUAUAUUCACAUUUUAUAAUAAACACAAAAAUAUGCAUAUCAAAUUGGUUGUCAAGAGCAGAUUAUACAGGUCUCGGAAAGUUUAGAGAAUAAGAUCAGGUCCGUCCAGAUUUCAUAAGAUUUGGGAACUGCACAAUAAGUGAAAAUAUUUUUUCAUAAGACACAUGUAAAGUAUUUGUAGGCCUGGUGUCGUGUGACGUGGCGUCUGAAAGUCAUACUGUUGUGCCCGGCCAACUUUAAUUUAAAUUCAUGUAAACAAAAAAUGUUGUGUUGACAAUAUAAGUAGGCAAGGUAGGUUUAGAAAAAGUAGGCUUUUAAAAUUUCAAUACAUAAUACAUCGCAGGCUGAUGAUGAUUGAAAGCAUAAAAUAAUGAGGCCAUAAUGUUAAUACACAUUCAGAACAUUAUGGCUUUUAAAAAGUAAAGAACUUUAAGAGGGCAGUGAGAUGUGCUGAUCCACUCUCACACACAGGCUGGGACCUGUGGCAGACUAUCCAUCAUGUUUGUCAGUUUGUCAGAGUUUACCUUUCUGGUUUUUAACAAAGAUAUUAUGUAGAAAAGUCAAAAAAUGAAAAAAAAGAAAAAAAAGACAGUAACAAAAGGAACUGUCAAUUUAGCCAUGCUAGCAUAGUCAAUCCAUUGGUCUGUUGGUCCAGACUGAUAUAUCUCAAAAACUAUUGGAUGCAUUGCCAUGACCCAUGGCACAGACAUUCAUUUAUUUUUUGUAGCUCCUUGCUGUAUUUUCCAUGUCAUGCCACCAACCAGUCAACAACACUUCAGUUCAUAACAAGAUACCUCUAAAGCUAAUGACUAAAUUCUCAUCAACUUCAGCUGUACUGUAAUAUUAAAGCCAACAUAGCUUGCCUACAUACUAAAUGAUUUUCAUCCAUCAAAAAGUUGCUUUCUAGUGUGUAAUGAGCUCUGCAACCUCGUGGGCCGCUAUAAACCAUUAAUCUUGUGUUUUUGCAUCUGUGAGCCCUGUCCUCUCAACUUCUGACAUCAGACAGGAACCUGAAAGCAUACCAAGAUUUGCAUGACGCCAUUUCACUAUUUGUCAUGUUCUGAAGACUUGAAAGACUAGAUGGUUGAAAUACUAGAAAUAUUACUACAAAUAUACAGCAUUACUGUAGAAUUAAAAAACAUUGACAUUCACAUGUCUGUUUAUAAAAAAUUUAAAAAAAAUUUAAAAAAUAGAAAAAUCUACACAAGAAGCAGCAUGAAUCUGACUGGUUAACAGUUAAUUUACAUGCAUGAGACCAUAUGAAUCAAAGAAUCCUACAUCUACAAACUCACAUCAGAUUGGCUUCAGAAAGCCAGUUCUUUCUUUCUUUCUUUUUUUUUUUUAUUUAAACAAAAUUUCUUCCUAUGGAAGACUGAUUAAAAGUGUGAUAGUAAAUUAAGGUAAGGAAUUGUGCAUCCCAAUUGCUCGCUGCUCUUGGCACAUUCAAAAGAUCCACGCAACAGCACACCCUGCAUAAAAUAGAUGCAGAUUACCAUGUACAGUUGUAUUCAUGUAUUGCACAUAGGCUACCUGCAUAGAGAGAUAAGGGCUAUAUUUUAUGUUCACUGCUGUUUCUUUGACGUUUAAAGUGAUGCUCGCCAAAAUCUGUUCUGAAAGUAUUCUUCAAACACUCCUGUAGACUUUGAAAGCGGCUGUAAAAGUUUGUAGUUUCUUUCUUAAUUAAACCUUACUGCGAGAAAUCGGUAGAAUUAAAUUCCAGUAAUGAUGUACUGAGCAAACAGAUGAACAGCAGAGAAGCAGUUUACACUUCAUCAGUGGAUUGAGGAAGUAUUUUUCCAUUUUAAUACUUUAUUCAGCCAUGAAAAUUGGUACCAUUUAGAAAUCAUUAUGACUGACACAAGAUUACCACAGCCACUAUAAGAGAAAGCUACAAACUUCCUAAAGCCACCAGAGGUAAUGUUUGAUUGUGAAAAUGCAGAUUUAGGAUAGAGAAUCACUUUAAAGAAAAAACACCAACAUACAUGCAGCUCGUUCCCACUGUCAGUAUAACUUAGCACUCUGCCUUUUAAGAAUUAUAUGAUUUCAUGUUAAUCAUUUCAAAUAGUGUGUGUCUCAAAGUAUUUUCAUAGUGCAACUCAGUGGUUAUGAGUCACCGUGUCUAAAGAAUGUCAAGUAAAUGUAAAGUUACUUCCUCUCCAAUGACAACAUUGAGCAAAUUAUUUCUCAAAAGUCUGGCAAAAACACUUUUAUCUGAUUUUUGUAUGACAUAUAGCAUCACCUUUAGCUUGUCCAUUAAUUAUUAAUAAUUUUAUACAUAUAGAAACAGUCACAAUAGAUUUCCAUAACAUCACUUAUAACACGUCUGACAUUGCUCAGUUGCUAAAAGCCAUUGUCGAUUAAGAUCCUUGUAAUAAUAUUCCAAUGCAUAUGAAACUUGUGAUCCAAACUUUUUUUUUAUUUUUUCAAAUAUGACAUGUGACAAUAGUUUUCAUAGAUGCAUUGUUUAUUUGAUGAGGAAAGUGAUAGUAUUUUGUUAUAGUAUUGUGUGGGCAAAUUGUCAGUGUGAGAAGACAGAUGUAUAGUCGAUAAAACUGGUAAGAAAAGCAUAACAUCCUCAAAUGGACAUUGUUGUGCCAGUUUGCAGAAGAAUUAUGAUAUUUUGUUAAAAAAAUCUUAGACUCAAUUUGUUAUUUUUGUGGGAUUUAAAAAAAUGUUGCUGAUGUGCCCAAACAUGAGCCACAUGGGUUUCUAUGCUUCUGAAUAUUCUGUUUUUUUUUUUUUCUUCUUUGCUUUCAGGGUUUAAUUGUUUUUCUCUAAAUACCUACUGAGGCUAAAAUUGAAUGUUGUGUAAAGAGCAAAAUUUAAUGCAAUGCAAUACUAUGGUUAUUGAUUCUGUUUCCAAAGACCUUUCAUCACAUCGUUAGAAAAAAGAAAAAAGAAAAAAAAAAGUUUAUUUUAGCCUGUGUUCAGUUCUGUCAAAUCUGAUUUGUCUCAGCUGAAGUUGACUUUAAACACUGAUAAUAAUAUUAUAAGAUGGAUUCUAUCUGUAUAUAUGAGAUGUACAUUUCUAGUGUGUGCAUAAAAGUCAAAAAAGUUUUAGUUAUAAAAAUGUAUGGUUUUUGGAUUAUCAAAGGGCUGGUGUGUCUUUGUCUGCUAUUUUGGUACUGUGUUACAAUCAGUUGUUUGUCAAUUUUUGAUUUGUACUGUCUAUUAGAUUUGUUUGUACUUUGACUUUUGUUGAGGCUUUAGCUUGGAUAUUCUUUAUUUGGGCAUGAAUCCUGGGCAUUUAUUUCACAAUUUCAAUCAGUUAUUGUGAAGUAUGAUUGGGGCACUUGGAUCAAUAUUUGUUCUGUCUUGGUUAAAAAUAAUGGAGCAAAUGUCUACUUUAGAGUUUGAAAGAAGUUGAACUUGAACCAAACUGAAUGGAAAAAAUAGUUUUUGCAGGUUCCUAUAGUAGAUCUACUUCUCAGCUUUUUUUUUCUCCUUAUUUGUCUCAAUGCUUUGUAUAAAACCAAGGAUCUGACACAAGAAGGGAAUUCAACUGAUGUAGUGUAUUUAGCACCUCAUCUCUGCAAAUUCAGAAUUUGAGAAACAUGCGACAAUCUUGUUACUUUUCUGUCAAAUCAUCCAAUAUACACAUUUUACUUUUUUUGUCUAGAACCUAUUAAAAAUCUUUUGCAUCUGUGUAAAAUUAUGAAAUUGGCAAAAAAGAAUGUGCAUUGCUGCUCGUAUCAGCAGUCUGUUGUAGAUGUGAUUAUAUUGCUGCUAGGGGCAAAAUGAUUCGGUCUCAGCUCUGUCAUUAUCGUGCACCUUGAUACAGAAAAUUCAUCAAUUUAAUGAUGUGCAAAGUGUAAAUACUAUUGCUUUUCUCUUACGUAGUUUUGCCUUUUAUUGUGACACAGCUAUGUCAAAGCAAUUGAUUUUUAUGCUGAAACCUCUAUGCUCUUACACAGGUACAACAUAUACCGACUGUUGACAGUUAGCAUUGGCCUCUUAGUCACAUCAUGUAUUUUAAACAAACCAUUGAAUGGCAUUUAGAUUGAGUCAGCCACUGAGUGUUUGAACCCUCAUGUGGAUGUUGUUUCCUCAGGGAAAUGUCUAUUUGUAAUGAACAGAGAAAAUAAUAGAAGUUGAUACCCAAACUGAAUGAAAAUAUAUUGUUGGUAAAAAAAAAAAAGAAAAGAUUUAUUACAGUCCAUCUGUAUGUCAGCUCUUUCAGUAGAGUUUAAUUGGUGUGCUUUUUAUUUGCAGCUCCCAUACCUCAGAAAGAGGCUCACCUGGGGUAUAUGUGUUUUUGUUAUUGGCAGAGAUGUACAUUUUUUUGAAAAUUUUUGUACUUUAUAAUUUAUUUUUUAUUUAUUUCCAUUUCUUUUUCCCUGAGGAUUGUAUUUCAGAUUUAUCUUGAUUUCUUUCUUUUCAAUAAAUGUUCUGAAAACA